AAAGUUUUUGUGUUAAUUGUUCAGUCGAUGUUAGAUUGCGUGCCAGGCUAGUGUUUUAUAUUAAUUCAACGGUGCUCGUGUGUUAUUAACGUAAUAAUGAUGGGUGUACUAGAAAGUGUAGACGAUGAAAGAAUGGCUGUUGACUGGGGAUAUUGCGAAAUUAACGGACCUCACUCAUGGGUAUCUAAAUUUCCUGAUGCUGCUGGAGAACGUCAAAGCCCGAUUGAUAUUUCGCCUGUGAGCGUAACAAAAUUCCAUACCGAAGAAAGGCUGCAAUGGAAAUAUGAACCGGAAUCGUCGACUAAAUUGGAAAAUACUGGAGCUGCUUGGAAAGUUGGCGUUAAAGGCAAAGGAUCAGAAUUAAAAGGAGGGCCUCUUGAUGAUGAAUAUGUGCUGGACCAAUUCCACUGCCACUGGGGAGAAACAAAUGACAAAGGAUCAGAACACACAAUUAAUGGUGAACCUUUUGCUGGAGAGCUUCAUAUGGUACACUGGAACUCUGCUAAGUAUGCCGACAUUAAUGAGGCUGCAAGUAAUCCAGAUGGAUUGAGCGUGUUGGGAGUAUUUUUAAAGCCUGGAAAGAAAAAUGACGAGUUGGAAAAAGUAGUUAAAUACUUGGAUCAGAUUACACAUAAAGGAGAUGUUGUUGAAAUUCCCGAAUCAAUUGAUCCAAAAUUGCUAAUUCCGAAAGAUACCGGAGGGUAUUACACUUACCAUGGGUCCCUCACUACUCCUCCAUGUUCAGAAUGUGUUAUUUGGGUUGUCUUCAAGGAACCGAUAGAAGUUUCUGAUGAACAGUUGAACGCCUUCAGACAAAUCAGGAAGUACAACAAAAACGACGAAAUAUGUUGUGACGCAAACUGUGAUGGUUAUGUAAAGAAGAAUUUCAGACCCACGGUGCCCAUUGGGGAGAGAGAAGUAAAAGAAUGCCGACAAUAAAAUGUAUGGAAGUUUUGACAGAUUAUUUCACGUGUUCGCACAAUGGCUUAUAAUUCAGUGUCAGUACUUAAACGCUUUUUAGAAAAUUGAGCGCAUUAUAUUUAUGAAGUUACAAAAAAUUGCUAGUUAAAAUUACAGUUACCUAUAGGUUCAAUGUUAAUGAACAAUAGUGCUGAGCAGUCGAGUCGUCAUGCUAAUGGCUCAGCAGGCUCACAGACUUUCUUUGAUCUAAAUGUUUUAUUAGGUUUAUGUUUCUGGGCACGAUCUAGUCAAAAACACAAAUGUUUAAACACCAUAGGAUAAAAAUUAAAUUAGAUAUGUGGUUAUUACGUGGGAUUCCUGAGUGAAUGAAGUCAGCCGAUGAAAGAUGAAUAUGGUGAGAGAUUAGAUCUCGCAGCCUAGUGAUCCUCAUUCAUAGAUAUUUACUGGAACGCGUUAAUAUAUUAUAAAACCGAAGAUAAUACUGCAAAUAAGGAUUUCGCUGUUUUCGCUGUAUUAUUUCUCCCAACCGUUCUUCUAUACUGUGUCUGUCCUGGCAAUCUCUUUCUUCUAGAUAUCUUUGUUCCAUGAUCUCGUCUACUUCAUUUCUAAACAAUUGAGGUGUCCUUUUCUUUAUUCUGUCAGAUUAUAUUCUGUAAUUUGGUCCUUCCAGCAACCAGACUCCGAUCUUUUAACACGUUUGUACCAGAAUAGUCCUUUUUUCUCUGUUUGAUUGAUUUUAUCGGGAUUCAUAUCCAUGCGUGUCUAAAUAUCAUCUUCAUUUUAUUCUGUACCGACUUGUGACUCUACAAUUUCUACUUAGACAUUCUAUCUCCGUUUGUUUUGAGGACAAUACUUUUUGGGACAGUUUUUGGGACACAAUCGUAAUAUGCGUUGGUUUAUUAAAAAUAAUAAUUCUCCUAUUAAAGACUUCAAACACGAAAAAUUUACUUGUAUUUGAAUUCUUUAUAUCUUACUCAUUUACGCUUUUAUGAAUCUUAUUUUGUGCGUGGUCCUAGCGCACUGUCAUAUUCUGGUUUACAAAGAGAUUAAUUUUAUCCAAUAUUAACAUGAAGAUCUGGUCUUUUAAAGACAUAUUCGACUUAAAACCAUCGGUCCAUUGACCAAGGAAAUCUUCCACGUGGGCAUUUAGUGUACGCACUGCGCACUAUUAGCCUGAUUUAUCUUAGGGCGAGACGUGGACGACACAGCUGUCUUGGGCACACGGGCACGUUGGAGAAUGGUCUGCUAUGAAAAGCAUUGGCUAGUUUAUUGUACAAUGGAACGGGCCUAUACCGGGGACGUGCGCCGUCUAUUGUUCUACGGCACGUGCCUUUCACGUCUCGUCGUAGAAUGAAUUGGGAUUAACACCUACUCUUAGUUUAUAAUGUGCGUUCUUUGUUAAAAAACUACGCUUUAAUAUUAUUAAAUUUAAAAAGAUUUGGAGACCAUAUUCUCAUCUAUAGUAAACUACACAUAUACCGUGAAAUAUUCUCGUCCAGUAUUCCUACAAAUCUUAGUAGUAACGUAGAGUUGUAUGAGAGUUUAAGACAAUCUAUUUACAUGGUGGAAUCAUUGCAUGUUUUGUAUACAUUUAUUAUUAUACAAUUGCAGCGUUAUUUUGGAUGAAGUGAAAAUCAAUCCUAUAUUUUGUUAUUUCGCAAAGUUAUUUUGAUAUAGAUUUUAAGAGAUAUUUGGACCAUCUGCUAUGAGUUAUAUAAUCAAUAGACAUUUUACAAUACAUACUCGGCUUGCUCAAUUGAAACGUAUCGUUGAUCCAGAAAAAAAUUAUAGGUAAACAUAACUACAUAAUAUAAUUAUUACUAUAUUUAAGGCACAUAGUCCAUUGUUUCCCCAACCCAUUAUUUAACCUUUGUAAAGAAUUUUUGUGGCUCUAGAUUGAAGAAUUCUUUUACGACAUUUUGUAUUUCUUCGUCCAUCUGAAAACGAUUACCUUUUAACGUCAUUUUUAGUGGCCCAAAGACGUGAAAAUCGUAAAGCGAUAAAUCGGAACUAUAGUGAGGAUACUCUAAUAUUCUCUAUUUCUGUUGUAGAUUUUUUCACUUCUUCGGCAACAUAAGACCCAGCAUUUUCGUGCAGAAGAAUGACAAGCUUUUCUGGACGUUUUGGUCAUAUAGCUUGAUUAACCUUGUUUAAAGUUUCAUUAUACAGGUUUUCGUUAAUAUGCACUCUAGAUUUCGUAAACUGCAUGGGCAAGGGUUCUUCAUGGUUGAAAAAACAUGUUAACAUGACCUUGCCCGCAGAAAGUUGAAAUUGGUAUGACCGCAUGCUGAUUAUAUUUGGACGGAUUGUUAACAACAAACGCCAUUUUGAAGUCACUAUACUUAAAUUAGCAGUCAAAUACAAAUAAUAGGAACUCAUCAGUGUGACGUCUACAAAUAUAACUAACAUUUCAGAACGUCAGUUGAGAGAUUACAAUUGUUUCCAAGGCUAACCUGACAAAGAUAUGUUUCAAAUUGAACAAGCUUAUAGUUAAUUUUCACCAGUGCUUUCUAUUUUAUCAUAAUAUGUUUGAAAUUGGUACCUUAGUUUGGAUUUCACUUCUUCAAUUGUAACGUAUAGUGUCUUAGUAUCGCUGUGCCUUUAAAAAACUGUAUAACGAUUUCGACCUAGGCACAAAAUAAAUACCUCUGUAUUUUGAUAAACAUUAUAAUUAAUUGAAGCAUACUGAAAUGAAUCAAACAGUUAGAAAUAUAUACCAUAUUCAUGUAUAUAAAUGUUCUUAAUGUUUUAGUUUACAUUUUGGUAGAAGUAAAUAACAUCACAAACUUGAUAUCUGAGUAGAAGUGUGUAGAUGAGUUUGUAGUAAAUAAAUGUUAACAAUUUGUCAAGGGAAUAAGUUUUUCCAAUAGAAACUUUAUUAGCAAUAGCUUAAGAAGAUGAUCACCACUAGCUGUAGAUGACGAUAAACGGAGAAGUGAAGCCUAAGUUAGAUAAUCAGGGUCGAAUAGAAAUAAGUCAAAUCAAAUAGAGGUCAGAAGUUGGAUCACAAUUUGUAGGAAUUGAUAUUCUGAAACUCAUCUCGACCUCUACUAUCAGCACGUUAGAUAGAAAUUGAUUUCGACUAGAAAAGCUUUGUCGAGAUCAUAUUUUUACAUAGAAAUUGGUCUUGACGCUUGCGCGUUGGUAUCAUUAUUGAAAAAAAAAAUAUAAAAAAAAAUUUCCGUUGACAGUUAUUGUAAUAGAUGCUUAACAUACAUAAUAAAAAACUGAGGAAAUUUAGAAAGCAAUUGGGAAAAAAAUAUAAAGAAAGAUGAGAGAUGCUAAUAAAGAUUAAGGGCAAAUAUUUUUGAAAUUUUUCAAUGAAAAUUGGUGUUGUUAUUUUAUAUUACUUAAUAACACAUCUUAUUAUCUGCAAACGAUAUUUUUACAUUCUUAACUUCUACUAUAAUAGUAAUAAUGGUUGUUAAAGACGAAUAAUACAUUUUUUAACGUGUCAGUAACUACUUAAUAGAAUGUAUUUUAUUGUUGUACGUAUGUACCUUAUGUUAAUUAUUUUUAGGUAUGAUUGUAUUUUAAAUUUUAUGUAGGUAUCUGCCAAUAUACAGCAAGCAAUAUUGUUUUUAGUAGUUUCAUACUAACAUAUUUUUGAUUUUACUCUAAUGAGUAUUUAUUGUAUUUUAAUAAAAGCCUUAUAUUACUUUUGCA